AUGGCACAAUUCAGACCUGCUGGAUUUUCAGAUGAUGACUCAGACAGUGACGAUUAUGGCUUUUUUGAAAAACCGCCAAGACCCUACUAUCCUAUUGAGCACAAUGAAAAGAAGAAAGUUGAAAUAAAACUGCAAGAUGCUAUUUUAAAUGGCAACUUAGAAGAUGUAGAAGAAAUUAUCUCACAAGAUUUACAUCAUGGAGUCAACGCAAAGCUCGACAGCGGUUGGACACCAUUGAUGCACGCUUGCUUCCAUGCACAAGACAAAAUUGUAAAGAUGUUAUUAGACAGGGGCGCUGACCCUAAUUUGCAUGCAGAUUCCAUGACAUCGGCGAUGGCCGCCUGCUCAAACAGCAGCGCUAAUGACAUCACUAUUUAUAAUAUAAUGUCAUACCUUAUUGAAAAAGACUGCCUAUUGAACAUCGGCGAUAAGUACGGUCAGACGCCUUUAAUGCGAGCAAUAAGUAACGGUCGCAUUGCUGUGGUACAGUUAUUAUUAGAUAAGAAUGUGAAUCUGGAAAUGAGAGAUCAACAGGGAUGGACAGCGAUUUUUUGGGCCGUUCACCAUAAACAACCUGAAAUAAUUGAAAUACUCAUCAAACACGGAGCUAGACUGAAUGAAGUAGAUAGAUCUAGCCGCACUCCCUUAGAACUAGCUAACUUACAUGACUUCCAAGAUAUUGUUAAUAUAAUAAAUAAACAUUUAAAAAAAGACGACACAUUAGAAGAUAAUGAUAAGGAUAAAUAUAUUAACUCCCAAGUAACAUCGUGGCAUGAUUUUUAUCCAGGCUUAAAUAAGGGACAAAGACCCGACUAUGUAAGUGAAAUACCACAUCUCCUAUAUGGAAUGAACUGUGAACGACUAACGCCACUUUUUAUCAAUAGUGGAAUGGACUUACGAACAUUCUUACUAAUGGAAGAGCAAGACAUGAUUAAUCUAGGCAUAGAUAUGCCCUAUGAAAGACAAAGACUGAGGCAAGGGUUGCGUAAUUUUCAUACGAGAGGCUGGAAACUGAAUGCCGUUGCCGGUUUGUACGCGCGUAAAAAUGAAAACUACAGCAUUGUAGAUUGCUUAACAACUUUGGGAACCCACCUACAACAGAUGUACAUAUUAGAAGCCACACUACAAUAUACCUCACGUGAAUACAAUAGAAUUCAAAAUCAAAUUAAAUACGAACCACCCGACUCACCUCUUCUCAACAAAUUUAAAGCUGCUGCUAAGAAAUUACAAACUAACAUUAACAGUAUUAGGAGAGAAACCAAAAAUAUGAAAAAGUUACUCACUAAGAUAAGCAAAUCAAAUCCACCACCGGCUGAUCUGAUUAAAGAAAAGACUGCACAAGAUAUAGCAAUAAGUUACGUUAAAGAAAUCGUCAUCGUAUGCUCACUGGGCUUAUUAAUUUACAAUGCUAAAACCUUUGUUAUAAAUAUGUUACGUAAAUAA